ACUCUGGCUUGUACUUUCGCCACUACCCAAGCAUACGCCUCGUUGACAAGAGGCGACGCUUUCUCUAUUACACCGAGUGAUCGGUUGUCUGAUAGCCGAUUUUCGUCUGCCUAUCACGAUCUAUCUGGUCUUGCAGCAACCUUGCCGCGAUACCACGAAUUGACGCCGUCAGGACUGCUUCUGUCACCGGUCAGGAAGCAAACUUUUCAGGAGGAGGUCGAUACCAACACUCAGGCACAGAUACGAACCAUGACUGGAGCUCAGAUGAAAGCAGAAGACAUCAGACCGCUGUUUGGCGCGCUGGUCGUGAAGCCUGGGGACCUACGCCAAGAUGGAGAGGGACAAGGUCAGGAGAGUGAAGCGGUGGAUGGGCGAUGGAAGGAGGGAGCU